UGAUGAUAACAAUGCGAAAGAUCGAUUUUAUCUUUAUAAAAAGUUUGAACUCUAGGUAGUGUGGACAAUAAUCGUGAAGCUGGUUGCUCAGUAAACAUGAUAGGGAUUUUUGAGUUGUGUUUUGCUAUUUUUCUAAUUUCUUGUGCCGUAGAAAAGUCGGAAGCUUGUAAUGGAUACGACAUAAAGGUGACCAGUGUGAAAACAUGUGAUAACAGUGCAAUCAAAUUGAACCCAGGGGUCACUGUCACAGCUGAUAAGAACUGCAACUUAUUUUUUAGUGGUUGUGCAAUUGUACCUAAACAGAUUACAUUCGCUAAGGCCACGUAUUCUAUAAAGAAGCCUCCUCUACCAGAUAUGACAGGUGAUGUUGACAUAUGCGAUGUUUUUAGCGAAGCAGCUCUCCCUCAAAUAGGUACAUUCCUUCAAGUGUUUGGUUUACCAACAAAAUGUCCAAUUCCGGCGAAAAAAUACUGUGCCGAUCCAAAGAAACCAGUCAGUAUAAUGCAGUUCAAGAAUGGCCUUGCCAUGGCCUUAGGUACAGUCACGGGAAAAAUGAAGCUCAAGCAUGAUGGAGGUCCAUCCUGUGUACAGUUUUCUUUUACUGUCAACCGAGCAAUGGGCUGAAAUUUUUACAAUAAAAUAUACUGCAAAUCUUUGUACCACUUAAUUCGAUAUUGACUGUUA